AUCUACUUUCAUUUUCAUUUCAAAAGAGACAAGUGGUAAACUAAGUUAUAAUAGUAAUUGUGAUUAUAUGGAUCUAUAUGAGAAGGAUAGCAAUAUGACAACAAUUCCUGUAAUUGAUUUCCAGCUGUAUGCUGUGGGAAAGGAAGGUCAUGUUGAAUUGGACAAACUUGGCUCAGAAAUGUGUCAAGCAUUGGAGGGAAUAGGAUUCUGCUAUCUGAAAAAUCAUGGCAUCCCUGAGGAAACUAUAAAUGAAGCAUUCAGCUCAUCAAAAGACUUCUUUUUGCAGCCUGUGAAAGAAAAGGAAAAGUUUGCAAGAUCACAUAACUAUAAUUUUGGUUGGGUUGGACUAGAAGUUGAAAAAUUAAACCCAGAGAGACCCGUGGGAGACUAUAAAGAGGCUUGGAAUAUGACCCCAGAGGACCAUCUAUUAGAAUGGCCUUCUGAAAAAGUUCCUAACUUUAAACCGUCUAUGCAGAAAUUAUUUGAGAUGUGUACAGAUCUGUCAAAGAGAAUAUUUGAUGUUGUUUCAGUUGGUCUAAAACUAGAUGAACAGAAAUUUCUUCAGAACUGCCACAAAUAUAUUGGAAGCACAGAAAACAAGACUUCUCUGAGGUCAUUAUUUUAUCCUGCUCUUCAAGAAGUGAUUAAAGAAGGACAAGUUAGAUGUGGUGAACAUUCUGAUUAUGGCAGUUUGACCUUGUUAUUCCAAGAUCAGAUUGGUGGGCUAGAGGUUAGGAACUGUGAAGACCAAUAUGUACAUGCCACCCCGAUACCAGGCACUGUUGUUGUCAAUAUUGGUGAUCUGAUGCAAAGAUGGACAGCUGAUAAAUUGAAGGCUACUAAACAUAGAGUUCUAAAUCCAAGUAAUGAACAACAGAGGAGGCAGAAUAGACAAUCAAUGGCAUUUUUUGUUCAGCCAGAUGAUAAGUUAAUUAUUGAAUGUCUGGAUAAAUCUAAUAAAUAUGAACCAAUCAGUAGCAUUGACUACUUAAAUUCAAGAUUUAAAGUAACAUACUGAAAUGUACCAUAAUCCAUUAUCCAUAUUAUUUAUGUGAUUUAUUCUUAUUAUCAAACAUUUAUUUUAAUUUGUAACAUAUAUAUAUAUCUACAUCACUAGCCUGUCAACACUGAUGUUGUGAGUUGGAACCCAGCACAUAGUAGGUGCGUUUGACUCUGAUCUUAAUUGACUAGGAUUACCAGUUAUCCAGUCGAGGGUCAUGGUUCUCUCCGUGAACUCCGGCUUCCUCCACUAAUAAAAAGUCACCACAUAGCCAAGAUUGCUAAAAGAAAAAAAAAAUACUAUUACAAUGUGAAAAAUAGACAAACUACUGAGCAUAUCUAUACCUCUACUCUAAGAAUGGGGAUCAUAUUGAAAUCAUCUUUAUCUGUCCAUCUAGCUUUCAUCCAUCCAUUUGUCCAUCAAAUAUAUUUCUCACACUUUUUCUUCAGUUGAAACCUUACAAAAUGACUUCCAAUUUGUUUCACCAGCUUGACAGUGACUUGUUGUACUAACAUUUGAACAGCUUUUAGAUAUAGUUCCGACAUCUACUUCUUAUUUGCCAUAUACUUUGAAUUUUUAAACAUUUUGAAGGAAUUUAAUAUUUUUCAUCACCCAUUUCUCAAGUACUAAUGAACGGAUUAUAACUUCAUAUUUAGUCAGUUGGUUGACAGUGAUGAGUUGUAACAUGUGAGCGCUUUUCUGGGUCUCAAAACAUCUUCUUCCUAUUUGCAAUCAUUUGAUUUUUUCUGUAUGUUUAAUGAACUUAAUAUUUUCAUCAAACCUUUCUCCUCCACUACAGAAUGAGUUCUUAUCUGGUGUGCAGCUUGACAUUGAAAGAUACCAAACGGAUACUUUAAAGUCAUAAGUCGAAAAAGAUUUGAAAAUAACAUGGCAAAAAACGAAAAACGACCAACAGUCUACAAAACACAGGUAAUAAGCAUAUCCUGCUACAUAUGUGGCGCCUGUGAUGUUGUUCGUGUAGGUACACAUUUGAUGAUAAAGCUUUUUCGGUAGGUCACAAUUGAGGAAAAGAGGACAGGGUUGUGCUUACAACAAUUGAAAUAUAUCUGUCGUCAUCUAUGAAACAUUCCAUAACGGUAAACCAAGUUGUGAUGGCAUCCAUAAAUUAAGUUUUUGAAGGGAUGAUUUCAACUUUACUACAAGGAAUUCUAGUUUAAAAGCUUCUUUAAAAGCAGCAACUCUAUAUCAAAGAAAAUCAUGAUAGGAAAUGCAAGCUCUGGAAUAUUGUAUCAACUGGGAGAUACAUACUCCAUAUGUAAGUCCUGCUGAAAUGUUGCUAUAUAAAAAUGAAUAGUUCACAAAUGAGACGCUGAAAUCCUCUGUUUUGUCGUAAAGUUUUGUUCUCAACCGACCCUUAUUGUCAAUUUCUAGAAGUAAGUCAAGAUAUGAGGCAGACUUAACUGUAUCUGGUGUAUCCUUUAUUUCAAGUUGGACUGGAUAGAUGUGUUCAACAUAGGUGCUGACUUUGAAUUUUUAGUGAGAGAACAUCAUCUAGGUAUACAGUCAGAGAUAUAACUCUAUAGGGUUAUUACAGAAAAUAACUUGCGUGUGUUAUUACAGAUACUUUCAUGAGUUAUCUACUCUUUAUUCCUUAAAUUUUCUAUAUCUGUAAUAACAUAUGUUUGUUAUUUGUAAAAUAAAUCAAAAAUAUUUUAAUUUAUAGUGGGCUCUAGGGAACUCUUGAGACUUUGCGCAGAAACUAAAUGGAUAGCCUUGAUAACUAAUUUUUAAAUUAAAUUAAUACAUUUUUGAUUAACCAUGGUAAAUCAAUGAGACAAGGCUUUUAAGGGAUAAACUUAGCUGUAAUAACAAGGCUUACUUAUUAAAGGAAUGUAACUUAUUAUAUGAGACACUUGGGAAUUACUGGGAAGCUUGCGCAGAAUCUCAUUACAUGCUCUGGUCAUUAUUUCUUACAAUAAAUUAAAAUACAUUGUAAUUAAGCAUGAUGUAUGUCUCAGCAAAUGCUUUGGAGUGAUAUAGAGAAGCUGUGAUAACACCCUUUAGUUAUUACAGGCAUAUUUUUUCUGUAAUAACAUAGGUAUACUAUUCAAAAUUGUCAAACUAUGAACUGUUAUAUCUUUCUAUAGUUAAGUAUACAUAAAGACAAUAGCAAUAUCAAUAGAACUUGCAUACAUUUUAACUAAACUAAUGAUGUAUAUUGUCCCUUUGAAACAUGUAACAUACAUAUGUUAUCACAGUUCUUUGAUUUUUCAGUCUACAAUAACAAAUGUAUGUUAUUUUUCUGUAAUAACCCUAUAGAGUUAUAUCCCUGACUGGUAUAGCGGAAUGUGAAGGUAUAUGUUAAAUUAAAUGCUAGCUUCUUUUCAUUCUUCAUAAGAACUUAAUUAUGAAUUCAGCCUCAUAUGAAUAAAGGAAUAAGUGGUGAAGAUGAGGAUCACAGUUAGUUCCGUGCCUACAGGAAAACUGAUUGUUAAUUGAAAUAACAAGUCCUUCAAACUUGGCAUUUAUGUUGUCGAUCCAGAAACCAAGCAUCUUGAUAAUGUCAGUUUCAGAGAAUUUAUUUUUUUAAUUAAAGUGGAUAUUUAAAAAAUACGAUGUAUCCCUCCCUAAAACAAGAUGUUUGCUUCUAUGUCAGCUAUUCCUUGUUAUUGAAAAAAGCAGGAUUUUCAAUUUUAUAUUUAGUUUGAAAUAGGGAAAACUUCUGUGAAGAGUAAAAAUAUUCCAAAGUUAAAUGUUAAAACAAAAUUGCAAGAGGAUAGAGACUUAGACUGUAUGUACUCUACAUGAAUAACUGUAAGGGAAGAGUUUAAUAGUACAUGUACAUGUAGUAUAUAAUCCUGUAUCUUAUUUUGACUAAGUCAAACAUUAAUAACUGUCUGAUCACAUGGUCAUAUUGUCAGCAACUGUGUUAUUAUUACUUUUAUGUUAUAAACAUAUGGACAUCUAUGCAUGCAUGGUAUAUGCACUCACUGUUGUAAUCAUUUCAUUAUAAAAAGUCACAUUACAAAACAUAUUGUUGAGUAAAGUGAUUAAGGGUCUCAUUGUAUUAUUUCGUAUCUUUUAUUUGCACUGUACUAAUAUCAAGUCAAUAUACUUCUAUUACAAGUGUU